AUGAGGCUUCCAAUCUCUGCAGCAUUGAGUAAACAAGGUCACCGGUUUCUUACAUCAGUCGCUACAACCGACGAUCCGGAAACCACCGCUCGGCUGAUUCGGAAAUUCGUCGCUUCAUCCUCUAAAUCCGUAGCUCUCGACGCCAUCUCUCACCUCGUUGCUCUGAUCAACACCUCAUUCUCUCGUCUCUCUCCUAUCGCAUUCCCUUUAUACUACGAGAUUAAUAAAGCAUCAUGUUUCAAUUGGAAUGCUAAGCUUAUAGCCGAUGUGAUUGCUUCGCUCUACAAUCAUCAGCGAUUUAACGAGGCACAAACCCUAAUUUUAGAAGAGGAAACAAAAUUAAGGAGUAAAGAGUGUGCUAUCUGUAACUUCUAUUGUAACCUAAUGGAUUCUCACUCGAAGCACCAAUUGAAGCAAGGAAUACUUGAUUCCUAUGAACGUAUCAAACAACUUCCUUCACAUUCUUCAAACCCACCCUCAUCAUUGUUACUUCUAUUUCCACUAUCCUUGAUAUGGUUUUCGUUGGAACCUCAAAGUUUCAUAGGGAGAAAGAGACGUGAAAGUGACAAAGAAGGGUGA